AUGUUAGCUGCCCUUCAUGCGGCUAAGGGAAAGCUCUCUCAAUACUACAGUAUGAUCGAUCAGAUCCCGGGUGACCUUUAUGCAAUUGGCACAAUCGUUGCACCGCAGCAGAAGCUACAGUUUUUCUCCACUAAGGACUGGGAUAAUGCAUGGCGUAUACGGUAUCGCAAUAGUCUUGAAAAUUGCCUCGAACCCUAUCAACGGCGGCUUUUAAGCGCCCAGCCAUCGGCUAAGGCUCAGCCAUCAGCCUCAGCUAUCUCAGAGCUUGAAAUGAUAUCAACGGUUCGUUCUGGUCCUCGCAUCUUCUGGAAGGAGCACCAGCAUGAAUUUCCAGCGCUUGCAAGCCUUGCCCGCGACGCUCUCUCAAUCCCCGCUACUGGUGCAGGUGUAGAGCGGCUGUUUAACUCUGCACGGGAUAUCUGCCAUUAUCGCCGAGGCUCCCUUACCCCUACGACUAUCCAAGGCCUGAUGCUAUUCAUGUGCACAUCCCGGUUCGAUUUUGAGGAUGAAUAA